AUUGAGUUCACCUGGAGCUGAAAUAUGUCAUUAUUUUUAAAAUAAAACAAAGUACACAUAGGUAAACAUUUAAGAUAAGGCUCAUUUACGAUAAACUGUUAGUAUAUAAAACUGUAAAUUACGUGUGUAUACAUCGUUCUGGUGAUAAAAUAAAAAUACGAAUAAUCGCAAUGUGUCUCAAUCUAAUCCAAAUGCGAGCAUCGCGUCUAUUGCUCAGGAACAUAUCGACACUCUUCCGGAACAACGGCAUUCAGUAUUAUUCGCAAAAUCGACGGAUGUGCAGCUCCACAACAAUGGAAAACAACCCGGACCCUUCGCUGAUCCUUGAGACGUGCUUUACCUUUACAGAUUCUCAGAAGGAGCUGUGCCUUGGAGAUCCAAACAUUGCGGAUAUGGUGGCAAAGAAGACAGCGUGUAAGGAAUUCUUCUAUGGCAUCGAAACCAAGGCACUUUCCGAUGGUAAACCUGCUUGUCUGGACUUCAACAUGUUCCUUCCCAAUAUGCCGAUGUGGAUAAGCGUCGUGUGGACAAAGUCCUUUUCCGAGGCAAUCGAAACCACGACCAUGAAAUAUGUGCCCAAUAUUCAGAUGAUGCCUAAACUGUUUGAGCAUAUUCCCGCCAUGCCACACUUGACUCUUUUUCGUCUAACCCAGAAGCAUAUGGACGAUUUCCUGGCCUUGAAACUCAACAAUGUGCUCGUCAUUCGUGGCGACCAUGUGGAGGAUGGACAGGAGUACAGUUAUGCCUAUCAGGCAGUGGAAUAUCUACGAAAAGCUGCAGGAAAAAGUCUUGCCAUUUCCGUUGCUGGCUAUCCGGAAGGCCACACGAGCCUGGCCACAGGACCUCCGAACAAGGCACAGGACAUUGAAUACUUGAAACUAAAGAUGGAUGCCGGCGCAGAUUUCAUUGUAACUCAGUUGUGUUACUGUGGCGACACAAUUGUGGAAUUCCUGCGGGAUGCUCGUGAUGCUGGCAUUACGGCUCCCAUUGUUCUGGGCAUCCUGAUACCAGAAAACUAUGCCAGAUACCUGCGCAUGUCCAGUUUCUCCAAGGUGGUGCUUUCCCCUGAAAGACUGAAAGAAUUGGAGGAGAUCAAGGAAGACGAUGCCAAGGUUCAAGAUUACUUUGUCCAAUUAUCGGUGUGCAAUAUUGUCCAGGUUAUAGGUGCCGAUUUGGGUGUCUCCGGCAUUCAUUUCUAUACUCUGAAUCGCUUCACGCCCGUUCUUGCUUGUAUCAAUGAGCUGCGCAAAUUGGGAAUACUUAAGGAUGAAGACAGCUAGAUAAUUGCUUAUAUCGAAUAUAUCCAAAUUCAAAAAAAAAAAAGGAAUUCUUUACAAAGAUUUCAUUCAGGAUCACCUCAACAGAUAACUAGUUCAAAAAUCGCAAAGAUGUUUAUUUAUUCUAAUAUAAAAUUAUAAAGUGUAAUUAAAUUGCGUUCAAAUAAGGCGCCAAUUUGA